AUGGACUUGUGGAAAAGCAUUGAAGCUAACUUGUCUUGGUUUGAUUUGUCUCCACAAGUGCGUGCUGAGUUAAAUGAUGAUCCCAAAAAGUAUGAAGAACAAAUAUUGUUGCACAGUUUUCGAAAUCAACUACGCUAUACAGGAAAUCUUGUUCACUUGGUCCUAAAACGUGAGAAAAAAUACUAUGAAAGACUAAUUGACUAUGGAAGACAGCAUUAUCUCCUCUAUCCUUACCAUCUUCAGGACAAAAUUGUUCGUGGUUUGCAGGUCACUCCGUUCAUUUAUUAUCGUCGUAUGAUAAUUGAUCUCAUUGCAACAGAAAAAUCGUAUGACUGCCUUCCGAAUUUCACUGCAGCAGAUUGCUUGCGUUUGCUUGGAAUAGGAAGAAAUCAAUAUAUUGAUCUAAUCAACACUUACAAAAGCUUCUUAUCAUCCAUAGGUCCUGAUGAAAAUGAACUCCAAGGACUUCUAUGUGAUAUUCUCCCGUCACAUCCUGUUGAUAAAGUUUUAUUUGAGCCAUGGCAUGUAGUUCGCAUAGGAUCUGUUAUGUUGUCUGAUAUCCAAACGUCUACGGAUUCGGAGCGCAUUAUGAUUGAUCAACUUAUAGAUUCUGAAAAGGUAGGUGAAUUGGAGGAAAUUAGUCAAAACAGUUCUGGAAUUUUAGUCAAGGAUCUUGAUCAAGAUAUCCUCAGAAAACUUUAUCUUCGUGGUUUAGUGUACAUUGAUAUUCCAGUCUGCGGUGGUGAUAAGAUAUGUGUCCCUACACUUGAAGGCUUUGUCAUGAAUCGUGUUAGUGGAGAUAUUAGAGAGAAUUUGUUAUACAAAAUUUUCGUCACAGCUGAUGAAAACACAUCAGUCAGUGAGCUAGCUGACUGUUUACAGGUUGAUGUAAAUUCAGUGAAACAAGCUGCUUCAAUAUUCUGUCGGUUGGGUUUCGCAUAUAAACGAGUUGGUCGUCUGAAUAAUCAGAUAAAAUCAUUUCGUAUCCCUUUAUCUAGUACCAGUCCAGAUGUACACACUCUGUCGGAAACUCAGUUGUCGAAGAAUUAAAUUGUUUGUCAUGUGUAGAUGACUCAGCUCAACAAAAGAAAAAGUUGGUAUUAAUAUUUGAUUCUACUAUCACCGC